AUGCCUUCUUCCCAGUCCACCGCCGCCGCCCCAGUCAACUCGAUCUACGAGCCAAUCGCAUCCUCCAAGAACAGACCCAUCUACCCUCAAGAGAACUACUACAUCGAACAACCCGCCACCCCAGGAGCCUACCUCGGUCCCAUUGACGCCUCCCUCCCCAAUGCUCCCUCUGCCGACAACAUCCCCCUCCUCUUCCAACCCUUCACCAUCAAGGACCUCACUAUCCCCAACCGUAUUGUCGUCGCCCCCAUGUGCAUGUACUCUUCCUUGGAUGGAUUCUUCACCAACUUUCAUCUCGCCAGUAUUGGAUCCUUUGCAAUCAAUGGAGCUGGACUGAUUAUCCAGGAGGCCACUGCUGUGUUGCCUAAUGGACGGAUUACUCCUGGGUGUGCGGGUCUGUGGGAUGAUGCACAAGUGUACAAGUUGAAGGAGAUUGUGGACUUUGUGCAUGUCCAGGGAGGCAAGGUUGGCAUUCAGCUUGCCCAUGCCGGCCGCAAGGCGUCCGCUGGAGCACCAUACACAAAGUAUCCUGAAUCAGCCUUCUGGCCCGAAGACGUGAUCGCCCCCUCAGGCGGCGCACACCUCCAAUGGGACAAGCACCAUCGCGUCCCCCGCGAAUUGUCCCUCGCCGAGAUUCAACAGGUCAUUGAUGCUUUUGGUGCCGCUGCCGCUCGUGCCUCCCGCGCAGGAAUGGACACUGUCGAGAUCCAUGGUGCACACGGAUACCUUAUCCAUAACUUCUUGUCCCCUCUCACCAACCAGCGUACAGACCAUUAUGGUGGCUCUCUUGAGAACCGUGCUCGGUUCUUGUUGGAGGUUGUCAAGGCUGUGAGGGCCAACUUCCCAGCUGAGAAGCCCAUCUUCUUGAGAAUCUCGGCUUCGGAUUUGGUGGAGGAGGUUGAGGGGAUUGAGGACUCGUGGGAGAUUGAGCAGACGAUUCAGAUUGCCAAGUGGGUCCGUGACGCUGGUGUUGAUGUCCUUCACGUCUCGUCGGGUGGCAACACUUCCCAGCAAAAGAUCCUCACCUCCCCCGGGUACCAGGUUCCUUUCGCCGAGCAGAUCAAGCGUGCGGUCCCAGGGUUGGCAGUUGUUGCUGUCGGGAUUAUUUUGGAUGGUCCACAGGCCGAGGAGGUGUUGAAGAGUGAGAAGGCAGAUCUUGUGGCUGCUGGAAGGACAUUCUUGAGACAUCCCAACUUUGCUCUGAAUGCUGCUAGGGAGUUGAAUGUCAAGGCAGCGUUCUCGCAGCAGUACUCUCGUGGCCGCACUAUUCACAGUUAA